AUGUCCAAUGAUGAUAAAGAAAUAAACAGCCCUAAAGAACAAAAUAAUUCUUCGAGACUAUUAAAGGAAAUUAAAGAUGAUGUGAAUGAAAUUAUAGAUCCCGUAAUAAACGUAACUGAUGCAAUUUGUGAUGUAUUUAAUCUUACAUCAACUGUAGCAGUUCCGUUUUCGAGAUUUUUACCAAUAGUAGAUGAUGUAGUAAAAAUAUUUGAAGAAAUUGCAAAAUUAUAUCAAUCAGCUGAGCAUAAUAGACGUAUAUGUGGUACUUUAUUUGAUAGAGUUAUAGCAGCUGAAGCAGCAAUUCGUACUUUGAAAAUUCGUAGAGAUGAACAUAAAGAAUUUUUUAAUCAACAAAAUUUUGUCAUUAUGCAAAAAUUUCUAAGGAAUAUUGAAAAUAUUAAAAAAUUUAUUAAUGAUGUCUCACAAUUAAAAGGAUUAUCGAAAUAUAUCCAAGCAAAAUCAAUUGAGACUACUUUUCAUGAAUUGACUGAAGAAUUUGAUAGAUUUGUUUCUAUUUUGAAUUUAACCAUCACCAUUGAUACCAGAGGUCGUGCUCAAAAAGAUAAAGAAAUCUUGAAACAAGAUAUUGAAGAUCUUAAUAAGUAUUUAGAAGAGAUUGGUGCAGGUCUUACCGAUGUAAAUAAAAAUGUGUCAGAUUCCGAUCGUGAAGAAGUUGCUCUUAAACUAGUAGCCAAUGAAAAAGAUUCCGAUAAUGAUAAAGAAAAUAUUCAUAAUCAAAUUAUACAUCGAGACAUAAGAGCAGAAAACAUUUUAAUCACUCAUCAUGAAACCGCAAAGAUUGCCAACUUUUAUCUGAGCAGACACUUUUACGAUGAAACAAAAAAUCUUGAAGCAACCCAAGAUACCGAAAAAAUUCCUUAUGGACAAUAUUCAGAUUUAGUCGAAAUCAAAGAACUUGUAGUAAAUAAAAAAUAUCGAGAAAAAUUUUCUGUUUCCUCUGAUUUACCUGAAGAAUAUAGAAAUCUUGUAAUUCAAGCUGUUGAUCUAGAUCCAAAUUUUCGUCCAACUUUAACACUAAUGUUCACUACUCUUCAGAAACUACACAAUACGAUUUGUUUACCACCAUUAACCACUCCUAACUUAUAUGAUAACCCUAUUACUCCUGACCAAGAAACUUUAUUCGAUCAAGAUCCUGAUAAUGAGCUAUUAACGCUUCCAGUUAUUAAUUUUGCUGAAUUUAAUUAUAUGACAAUAGAAGAAGCUUCAAAAAAUUUAAUCGAAGCAACAAAAUAUUUUAGAAAAGCGGCCGAUAAUGGAUUAGUAGUAGCUAUGUUUAAUGUUGGAAAUUUAUAUUAUUCUGGUAGGGCUGGUUAUCAAGACAAAGACUUGGGUGAAAAAUAUAUUAAAUUGGCUGCUUGUAAAAAACAUCAACCAGCUAUUGAAUUCUGUAAAGUUAAUAAUAUUAUGUUAUAA